UUCAACAGUGUUUGGACGGAGCACACCCGGGGCCUCCCUUUGUUAGCGUCCAGCGGCCCCCCAGUGUCUCCAGUCGCAGCCUCUGGGACCAUCUCGUCACCGCCUUCGGCUCCCAGGACCAGCCAGCACCGCGAUUGGCUCCACUGCAUAUCAGCCAUGAGCUCCCAGGUCCGUCAGAAUUAUUCCACCGAAGUGGAGGCUGCAGCGAACUGCCUGGUCAACUUGCACCUGCGGGCCUCCAACACCUACCUCUCUUUGGGCUACUAUUUUGACCCGGAUGACGUGGCUCUGGAGGGUGUCGGCCACUUCUUCCGCGAAAUGGUGGAGGAGAAGCGCGAGGGCACCAAGCAGCUGCUCAAGAUGCAGAACGAACGUGGAGGCCGUGCACUAUUCCAGGAUGUGCAGAAGCUGUCUCAAGAUGAGUGGGGUAAAUCCCAGGAGGCCAUGGAAGCUGCCUUGGUCCUGGAGAAGAGCCUGAACCAGGUCCUCUUGGAUCUUCAUGCCCUGGCUUCUGCUCGCACAGAUCCUCACCUCUGUGACUUCCUGGAAAACCACAUCCUGGAUGACGGGGUGAAGCUCAUCAAGAAGAUGGGCAACCACCACACCAACCUCCGCAGGGUGGCUGGGCCGCAGCCAGCACAGACCGGUGUGCCCUGGCCAUCUCUGGGCGAGUACCUCUUCGAGAGGCUCACUUUCAAGCAUGACUAG